UUGGUACUGCCUGCAUCUCUAAAGAGCGUGACCUCAGUCUUCCUCCGGAUAAAAGUCUUUGUAGAUGAUUAUCAUUUUGAUGGAGGUGUUUCCAUUUCUGUCUCAUUUGCUGAUGUAAUGCAGAGGAUUAUUUGCAGAGGAAAGACAUGCACAACAUCUGAUGAGACUCGGGGAGAAGUAGCCAGUCGACUUCGUGUUUUUAAAAGUUGAGUUCUCCUAAACAGGUGACCAGAGUUCCUUAUUACAACCGAUAAACUGACGGAAAUAUAAAUACAAGCGGAAUGGCAGAGGAAGACGGUUUUUCAUACCUAAAGACAUUUCCUCAGGUGUUUCCUGUAUUUCGAGUUCGCUCUUUAAGUGACACCUCGGCUUUUAAGUCUAGAAUAUUGACCAGAAUCCGUUCAGCCUGCUCAGUGGAGGGACUGGAAAAAUCUUCUCUGGCCAACUCUGAUGUGGUGGUGGGAAGCUCGCAGUCUUCUCAGCUGAAAGGAAAGGGGAAGCUCUCUUCUCUGGGCAAGAUCUUUAAACCUUGGAAAUGGAGAAAGAAGAGAACCAGUGAUAAGUUCCAGGACCUCUCAAAAGUUCUGGAGAGGAAAAUAUCCACCAGGCAAACUCGAGAAGAACUCAUAAGAAAAGGUGUCCUUAUUCCAGACCAAGAUGAUCCUUUGAACACAGAGACCUUGAAUGGUCAUGCAGUGCCCAGCGGAGUUACUGAAAAGGUCAAAGUAGACAUUGAAACUACAGAACUGGUCCCCGAAGAGAAACCAGACUUGGCAGCGGUGGCAGAGGACCCAGAAGAGAGGAAUGACAGCAAAGGCAGCCCCCAGGCCAGUGAGUCAGCCACUCCAAAAACCCCUACCAAAAAACAUCAGGCCACACCCCAAAAACCCUCCAGUGAGGCCACAAGCACAGGCAUGAAGAAAGUGGGCCAAGCAGGGGGUAAAAAGGUAACCAAGAGCACCAAUAAACAGGUCUCCGCUCCUCCACCCAAACAAACCACACGAACUGCCGCUCGUGGCAAUGCUAAACCUUCAAAUCCUAAAAAAACUGCAGGCACAUCCAAGAGUUCCUCUCAGGCCUCAGGACAGUCGUCUUCAUUGACCAGCUCCAAGACCCCAAAGAACAACAGCUUAGAAGCGCAACCCAAGUCUGCCAAGAAAACCGAACCUUCAAGGUCACCACGGCCCCCUUCCAAACCCUCAUCUGAGACCACGGAAAGCUCUUCUAAAAAGGACAGAAAGAAAAAAGAAGUUACGUCCAAUAUUGAGAGGGCUGAGGAGACGUCUCAGAAUGGGAAGGGUGCCAGUCAUCUCUCGGAGUUGUCUGCAAAGAAGGACAAAAAGCAACCCUAUGUUAACCAAACCACAGAGGAAACAUCCUUCUCUGGAUCUUCCAAUAGACUUUCUUCAGACACCUUAGGGCAGCCUGUGAGCACAGAGAGUGAAACGGGGAAAGAGAGGGCAGUGGUAGAACAGACACAGAGGACUGUUGGGACUGAUGAGGGAGAGAGACAACAAAUCGUCAAUGUGGAAAAUCCAGACGUGACUAUCAUUCCUGACUCCGUUCGAGAAAACCAGGCCAAUGACUCUGAUUCAGAUGGACCUAUACUCUACAAGGAUGAUGAAGAGGAGGAUGAGGAGGAUGAGUAUACCUCUAACUCACUUGCCAACAAAAUUCGCCGCAAGGACACACUUGCCAUCAAACUUGGUAACAGGCCCAGCAAGAAGGAGCUAGAAGAGAAGAACAUUCUCCCACGGACCUCAGAGACGGAGCGACAGGAGCUAUGGCAGCAGAUUGGCUGUAAACUAGUGAGACGGUUGAGCCAAAGGCCCACCACAGAAGAGCUUGAACAGAGAAAUAUUCUGAAACAGAAAAAUGAGAAUGAAGAACAAGAGGCCAAGCAGGAGAUUAAAAGAAGGCUAUCCCGAAAGCUCAGUGUCCGGCCCACAGUUGCAGAGCUGGUGGCCCGUAGAAUUUUGCGCUUCAAUGAAUAUGUAGAGGUCACAGAGGCAAAAGACUAUGAUCGCCGUGCUGACAAGCCCUGGACCAGGUUAACCCCUGCAGACAAAGCUGCUAUACGUAAAGAGCUUAAUGAAUUUAAAAGCAAAGAAAUGGAGGUCCAUGAAGAAAGCAAACAGUUUACCAGGUUUCAUCGGCCCUGAGGCGGUGCCUGGUUGUGGGGGUUCUGGAUAGCCACUAUCUCGAGGCUCUCUCUUCCUGUCUCUUCGCCAUGCUUCCUGCUGGGAGACUAACAGACUGGCUCCCUGCGGCAGCCGGCUCUUCUCUGGCACUGGCUGCACUUUGGUUCUUGCUUUCAGCCACUAGAGGGCUACAGCGCGGCUAAAGAUAGGUUUGGGAUGCCAUUGCGAACUGAAACGGAAAGAGAGGGGACCUUCAAACAAGAUAAAGCAAUGCAAUGGUUCUGACAAGUGUUUUUCAUAUCUGUAAUGUUUUUGCACACACUAAGGAUAAGACUUGCACUCUUUUAAUUUAAAGUGUCCCUGAUAUUCUCUCAAGGUUAAGCACAGCAGUGUGAAAACAUUUGUAGCGCGUGCAAUGACUCAUCGGUGGCUCGCAUUGUUGCUGCGUGCAGCUUGGAGGAUUUUUUUUUAUGUGUUUUGUUUUGUAUACAUGACAUAUUUCUUGCAGUAUUCGUGCAGAGUCCAGUAAUAUCUAUGAAUAUCUGUGCAUGUGUGGAAAAAACAAAAAAACAAAAACAAA